AUGGCGGCGGUGGCGGCGGCCAUGCCCGAAACACGGAAGCUGCCUCGCCCAGGCAGGGGCGGAGUCAUCUCACAUGGACUGUCGGAAGAAGAAGCCCGGGUGAAAGCCAUCGCAGAAAUUGUCUCCACCAUGGUUGAUCUCUCGCGUAAGGGUCAGGACGUAGACCUAAAUGCUGUCAAGUCCGCCGCGUGCCGGAAGUACGGCCUCUCGAAGGCGCCGAAACUCGUUGAGAUGAUAGCGGCACUGCCUGAAUCCGAGAAAGAAGCGCUACUGCCCAAACUCCGGGCAAAACCCGUUCGGACGGCGUCUGGGAUUGCGGUGGUCGCUGUUAUGUCUAAGCCUCACCGCUGUCCACAUAUUGCCACAACGGGGAAUAUCUGUGUGUAUUGCCCUGGGGGUCCGGAUUCUGAUUUCGAGUACAGUACGCAAAGUUACACUGGAUAUGAACCUACUAGCAUGAGAGCUAUUAGGGCUAGAUACAAUCCUUAUGUCCAAGCAAGAAGCCGUAUUGAUCAGCUUAAGAGGUUGGGUCACAGUGUUGAUAAGGUUGAAUUCAUUUUGAUGGGUGGUACUUUUAUGUCGUUGCCUUCAGACUACCGUGAUUAUUUUAUUAGGAAUCUUCAUGAUGCUUUAUCUGGGCACACUUCUGCCAAUGUUGAAGAAGCCGUGUCGUAUUCUGAGCACAGUGCGACAAAGUGUAUUGGGAUGACUAUUGAAACGCGGCCAGACUACUGCCUCGGACCUCAUUUAAGGCAGAUGCUUUCAUACGGCUGUACAAGACUGGAAAUCGGAGUACAGAGCACGUAUGAGGAUGUAGCUCGAGACACCAAUAGAGGCCAUACUGUAGCUGCUGUGGCCGAUUGUUUUUGCUUGGCUAAGGAUGCUGGUUUUAAGGUUGUUGCUCAUAUGAUGCCUGAUCUUCCCAAUGUUGGGGUUGAGAGAGACUUGGAAAGUUUCAAAGAGUUCUUUGAGAGCCCUCGCUUUAGAGCUGAUGGGCUUAAAAUUUAUCCUACCCUCGUCAUUCGUGGAACUGGGCUAUACGAACUUUGGAAAUCUGGAAGGUAUAGAAAUUAUCCACCUGAACAGCUUGUAGACAUUGUAGCUAGAAUUCUAGCAAUGGUUCCUCCUUGGACUCGUGUGUACCGAGUUCAGCGAGAUAUUCCUAUGCCUCUAGUUACUUCUGGGGUCGAGAAGGGAAAUCUUCGGGAACUAGCUUUAGCAAGGAUGGAUGAUUUGGGUUUGAAAUGUAGAGAUGUGCGAACGCGUGAAGCUGGUAUUCAGGACAUUCACCACAAGAUAAAGCCAGAAGAAGUACAGCUUGUUCGUCGUGAUUAUACUGCUAAUGAGGGCUGGGAAACGUUUCUUUCAUAUGAAGACACACGACAGGACAUACUUGUUGGGCUAUUGCGUUUGCGUAAAUGUGGAAGGAAUGUUACGUGCCCGGAGCUCUUGGGGAAGUGUUCUAUUGUUCGUGAAUUGCAUGUUUAUGGGACAGCAGUUCCAGUUCAUGGACGAGAGGCUGAUAAACUGCAACACCAAGGUUAUGGCACACUUCUAAUGGAGGAGGCAGAGAGGAUUGCGGUUAGGGAGCAUAGGUCGACAAAGAUAGCCGUGAUUUCAGGUGUUGGGACAAGGCAUUACUACAGAAAAUUAGGGUACGAGCUUGAAGGCCCUUACAUGGUGAAGUGCCUCACCUGA